AUGGGUGCCAGCAUCUCCUCCAGCCCUGAUGUCCCCAGAUGGGAGCGGGUGACCAUGAAGGAAGCAGGGUGGUGGCAGGCAGGCGAGGGCGUCCGCACAGGGCCGCGGAGCUGCUCCUUCGGGGACGUGCAGAUGUUCUCCCUCGUCCCCUACGUGGUGAACGUGACGGCCGUGAACCCCCUGGGCGCUGCCUCCGCGCUCCUGCCCUUCCUCCUGGAGAACAUCAUAAAGCCGGACCCUCCCGAGGACCUGCGUGUCUCACCCAUCCCUGGGGAGACCAAGAAGCUGCUGCUGGAGUGGAGCCCGCCAGGGUCUUGGCCCUUCCCGGAGUACUUCCCACUGAAGUAUCGCAUCCGCUAUGCCCGGGAGGAGGACUCUGUCACCAAAACGAUUGGGCCGUACGAGCAGACAUCUUACACCCUGACGGGAGUGCAACCCGGGACCCUCCACCACAUCCAGGUGGCUGCCAAGGACUUCACAGACUCCGGGGAGUUCAGCGCCUGGAGCCUGCCAGCCUGGGGGAAGCCCUGGACAGAGCCAUGA